UACCAAGCUAGAUGGGCAUCAGGCCCAGGCCAAGUGACAGACUGUAUGGCUGUUGUCUGGAAACAGUCCCGGCUCACCAGAAGGUCAGCCCAGUCACCAGAUUUGCUUGGUCACAAUUAUGUGUGAAUCCACCUACUAAGGUAAUUCCCUGACAAAUCAAUGACAGCCAAACGAUGACAAGUUGUGGCCAACAGUCCUUGAAUGUGCUCACGGUCAUUCUCUCAUUGCUGUUCUCAGCAGCGCUGUCCGCACACUUUAGAGUCUGUGAGCCCUACACCGACCACAAAGGUCACUACCACUUUGGCUUCCACUGUCCCCGGCUUUCUGACAACAAAACCUUCAUCUUGUGCUGUCACCAUAACAACACGGUCUUUAAAUACUGCUGCAACGAGACGGAGUUCCAGGCGGUGAUGCAGCUGAAUCUCACCCAGCAAUCCGAAGGCUACAUGCAUAACAACUACACAGCCUUGCUGGGCGUCUGGAUCUACGGCUUCUUCGUGGUCAUCUUGCUGGUGUUGGACCUUUUGUAUUACUCGGCCAUGAACUACAAUAUCUGCCGGGUUUACCUGGCACGAUGGGGGAUCCAGGGAGCAUGGAUGAAGCAGGGUUCCAGCCGCUGGAGUAAGGCGGUUCAGAGUCCUAACCCUGCUCAACCUCCAUCCCUUGAGUUGGCAUCCCCAACCCCUGCUGCCUCUACCUCUGAGGCCACCCCGUCCCAGGCAACACAUAUUCUCAGAGGAGACACGCUAAGCCCACCGCCGCUGAUGUCCUUUCCGAGCUCCUCUGCCUGAAAAACUUCCUGCCGUGCCUCAGGAUGGGAGAGGGGAGAUUACAAAAACACGGGCAGCUUCCAGAAGGAACGACAUCCAGGGAGACAGAAGGAGCAGCCGAGCAGGCGGUGGCUGCUGGCGUGGGGCUUGCCUCUGCGUGACCCUCCAGCUGACUUAGGAAACAACGCUGCAGUGAGGAAGGGUGCCCAGGACGGCCGUCCAUAAGCAAUACUCCCAUUGUAGACUGAGAGCCCCAGAAAGACGAGGCCAUUUUUUACCAAGGGACUAUUGGCAAAAGCCAGGCCAGACCUAAAUGAAGAAGGAUUACAAAUGGUUCAAGUCACUCUCCUCUGCCUUCCCAAUCUCCAGUAGUCACCAAAUCAAGCUUAAUGUAAAUGUCAGAAUAUUGAAUCUUAUUUAACCUGGUCCGAACCCUGCCCCACAAAAACCAGAUCGCUAGAGUCUGAAGAGCUACGUCUGAAUUACUACCUGUGUGACAGCUCCUGGUGGAAAGUCACUUCAUCUCUCCAGGCCUGUUUCCCCAGAUCCUCCCCACUCCCGGCUCUAGACGCGUGCUGUCAUCAGCAUCAAAGGUCAGAGCCAGGAAGAGACUUUGGAGCACGCUGAUUGAUUUUUGACUCCAUCUAAUAGGACUUUUCCGUAAAUCUUUACAAAGUGCAUUAUUGUGGUUUUUUCCUAUAUGAGGUAGGUAGUUCCAAGACUGUUAUUCCCUACUUACAGAGGAGAAGACCGAGGGUCAGACUCCUGGCGGGUCAUCCCACCCAGGAAGUAGACCCUAUGUUUUCUGACUUUGAUUUUGGGGCUGCGCCCACGAUGACCACAAGACUAUCUUUUGUCCCUCAGUAAGACCCUUCCUGCUCUCACAUUCUGUGGCAAUUCAGGAAGUAUUUUGAGAACUUCCCGUAGCUCAGGGUUACCAGGGAGAAGACCGGUUACUGGCCGCAGAGACAUGGGAUUGUGGAUGGACUCAGGCUUCCAGGCACUGCCAGAUCCAGGUAAUGAGGGCUCCCCCUCGGCUUACCUGUUGUCUAUUCCAUGGCUCCCCAAGCUCUAGUCUCCUCCUACGUGAGCUCCUGCCCCGUCACCCAAUCCUUCAUCAAAAGAAAAAGUGGUAACGCCGCCAACGAAGCUUGUGUUCACGAAGGAAUUUGUAUUCACUCCUGAUACGUGUGACUUACUGUAUUUUGUAUGGUUCUUUUCCCUCUGGGAAUUGUGUGUUAUUAAUGAGCAGUUCUAUGCUUUUUUUUCCUAACCCCAUCCGCCAUGUAUACUGUACUUGGUGCGUGUUUCGGACUCUUAUAAUGAGCCAAUAGUUGGUAGGUGCCCACUGGCUUUUCUAGUCACUUCCGCUCUAGCCACACUCACCUGUACAGCCCUCACCCAUCCCCGAGGUAGGGGACCAGGUCUUCAGCUGCUCUCGUCACAACACAUCUGGAAACCUAGUCUUUCGAUUGUGAGCAUUUGCUAGCGACUCAGAUUAACCUUAGGCCAUUAGUUUAAAAACACAGGUGUAUCUCGCAGGUAGAUUCCCAUCGUCACCCCAAGUUCCCACUGCCAGGACGCUCUGGAGCGGGCACAGGAACGAAUGCUAUUCCUGUCCUCGGCACCUUGAGGUCUCUGAUUAACCAAUGGAAGCAGAUAAUUUAGAAAACCAAAUAGAGUCUUUGGGCUGGAAAGGAGAGUCAUCCAUUCUCUCAGCUCGGAGCCCUGCCCACCAGGGAAUCAUUGACCCAAGAUGACAUGGUGUCUUGGGCUACUAAAAGCACUUCCCAGGCAGCAUUUUGUUGUAGCCCUAAGGGACUAAGAGAGUACAGUGAGUCUUCUAUCCUUUUUCAGGUGAGGAAAGAGAGAGAAAGGAAGGAUCUUGAGGAUGAUGAGUGAUGGAGUCAGCACCCGAAUCCAAGUUAUUGGACUUGCCACCCAAGACUCUUUCCUGCUUCUUCCUGGUCCUAUGGGUCAUCCAGCUUUCUCUUCCUGUGGUCAUGUCCAUCUCCUCACCUCUGACAGAGGAGACAGAACCCAAAUACAUGCAGAUGAAGCAUUUUCCCUCCUUGCCCUUCCACCCCAGCCUUUUUGCACAGAUAAUCAGGAGAUGUACAUUGAAAACUUCAUGCCCUUGACAAUCCAGACCGAUUUCCCACCCUCCGGUGGUGCUAUUUCCAGUAUUCUCCUCACAUGUUAAUUAACAGGGUACUUCAGAGCAGCACAGUUUUCUGACUGACUAAUGAAGGACUGAUUACUAAUGACUCUGGGUAUUAUGGCUCCUUGAACCUCAUAAGGUCGUGAGCAAAUUGUUGACUAGGACUGACAACAUCUCCCUUGUCUCCUCUCCCUCGCCCCUCUCAGAAAACUCUUGGAACAGUAAAAACUUCACAUCAGACAGAUGUUUGGAUUAUAUAUUAUGUCCAUCUUUUUGAGUCACUGAACCUCAAAGAUCCCUUAGUCAAACCCUAAUAUGAAACAGGAGUUUAUUCUUUAAUACAGAUGGUUACCUAGCUGCUACAUGGAUAUACCCAGUGAUGAGAAGCUCACUACCUGUUCAGGUAAUUUCAUUACUGGAAAGUUCUAAUUGUUCUCUCUUCUCUGAAACCAAAAUCUGCUUCCUAGAACUUUCUGCUGUUACUACUCAUUCUACCCUCUGGGGCUAAGCACAAGCCAAAUCCUUCUUUCCCCAACAGUCCUUUAGAUACUUAUUUCAUCUCCCCUUUAAGUUUUCUCUUUUCUAGGAUAAAUUGCGCCCCCCCCCCCUGGUUUUUCUAACUGAUCUCCAUAUGGCAUAGACUCAAGCCCCUUCACCAUACUGGUAGCUCUUCUAUAGGCACUUCCAUAUACCAAUGUCUAUCUUAGAUUAAUGUGCUCUGAAUGGAAUACUAUCCAAAUGUGUCCUGCCUGAGGAAAAGGACAGCAGGACUUAAACAGCAUCUCUUAAAAAAAAAGAGCCCAUGAUUUCCUUAGUUUUUUUGUCUGCCAUGUCACUCUUAUUGAUUCAUAAUAUUUUUGUGGUCCACUGAGAAGCCCUGAUCAUUUUCACUCAAGUUGUUGUCUAGCCACAGCUCUAUCUGAAUCAACUACACUUGAGGACAUGACCUAAUGUAGCUGUGUUCUACAUUAAAUUGACUAGACAUCUGCCCUCCAUUGUAACAUGAACCUACACAAUCAAAUUCCUUCCAUCUUAUGAUCAAAUUUUCCAUUCCAGACUUGAUCAGACCUGAGGACAGCAAGAGGAAAAACUAGGGACAGCGUGGACAGAAAGUACAAAUUUAUUACUUGCAAUCUAUUACGCAGGAGUCCCCCGAGAUGUCUCCAGCACAGAGCACUGGUUACAGAACACCAAAGCCUACCUAUAAAUGCCUAGGGGGAAAGAUAGAGGAUAGAUAUUCCUGAGACAAUAGAGUACUUUAUCUUGGGGAAAACUGAAUAAAAAGCUUAGUUCUAUAUUAAAGGAGGCUAUUUGUGGAUCCCCUGGGCCAUGUCUGUUUUACACAUUUACCAGGAGAGGGUCGAUGCAGGUCAAAAUUAAUGAAUCAAAUACUUUCCCAACAAUCUGGCGUUCAGAGAAUGUCAGAGCUGUAAGAGAUCUAAGACAGUGACUCUGCUUGGAGCAUUACAUAAACCAAAAUGAUGAGUGAAAUUCGGGAGUGGGAGUGGGGGGGACAUGAUCUGACCUAUGAUGGGCAGAUCCUCGCAAGUGACUUCUUAAUUCUCCAGAAAAUAAAAAAAAACAAAUUUUUAAAAAGCUUCCAGUAUCAAGACCAGAUUCACAGCUUUGAUUAGUCACAGGACAAAGGCAAAUGACUGGAAGAUGUCAAAUGGUGCCUGGAGUCCAUUGUUUUCUAAUAGGUUCAUUCUGUCACCCAAAAGUGUGGAGUACCAUGUGAUUCAGUGGAAGAACAUAGGCUUGGGAGUCAGGAGACCUGCAUUCUAAUUCUGGCUCUGGCCCCAACCCCAAUGUGGCCCUUCCUCUCCCUGAGCCUUCAUUGCCUUGUCUAUAAAAGGAAGAUGUGGAGAACAAACAUACCAUGGAAUCCCAGGUCUUGCCAAAAGAAGCACUUCAGUGCCUGAUAUAGAGAGAACAUUGAUACCCCAUUUUGGGAAGAAUGAGGAUAUGGUGAAGAAUGACACUAUAGUGAGGAUGAAGGAUGAGGAUAAAUAAGCAUCAGUCAACGUCUGGGAUUCCCAUGCCAGUCCACAAAUGAGCUAUGAAAAGGUCAAGAAUUCCUAAUCACUCUAGGAUCAGAGUGUCUGAUGGGAAGACCCAGAACCAGUAGCCACAAAUUAAAACCAGGGCACCAAACCCCAAAUAUGUCAAGAUGUAAUCUCUUGUUAGAAUCACAGCAUACUGAUUUAGGAAGUUUUCUGUUUCCCUCUGUUUGGCCAAAACAGAUGCAUAAUGCUAGGAACUUGUAUUACCACUUCUCUUCUUAGAAUGUAAGCUUCUCUAGACGACCCAUUCUGGUCUUUACAUCUUUUACAUCCCCCAUUCCUUUCACGGUAGACAUUUAAUUAAUGUUUGUUUCAUCAAAUUAAAUUAAACAUCAAAAACUUCAGUCAUUUCUGAAUCCAUCAAUAAUGAACCUCUUGCAUCACAAGUCAUUUCUUUUAAGACUUUUAACACUGUGCCAAUCCCUGCAUGGUUGUGUACCCAGUCAUCGGUUGGCAGCCUUGCAGCAGCUCCUCUCCACAAAUUUGGAUUCACUUUCAAGAAUAUUGUUUAAGGCUCAAAGGGUAGCAUCUUCUGAAUUAGCAGCAUUUGGAACAAAAGAAUGAUGCAGAGAACAGAACACAGAUGGUACCACUGUAGUCCCUAGCCAUCACUGGCAAUAUGGCGCCCAUCAAGAAUGCUGCAUAGCACAGCUGAUGAGGAAUGUUUUGAAGGUUUGAAUUCUUUGGUGCAAUUAGAUGUGCCCUGGCUAUUAAAAAAUUAUUCCUUAAGUUGUAUCCCACUGGCUAUGGCCCCGAUGUUUGUUUUGGGCAUCGAGUUCUUGGCAAAGAAGAAGCACUCAGGCCUGCACUUGAGCAAGCUUUCCCUCUGAAAAUGGCAGGGAUGACAAUGUAAGGAGCUCCCGUGGCAGCUGCAUCAUCUUGCGGUGUCCACACACAAAAAGUAGAGGGAAAAUGAGUCUUCUGCAGAAACAGCUGGUAUAUAUUGGCCAAGUUUUCUGUCUUGAGCUCUAUGACUAACUCAACAUUUUACAAAGCAUUGAAUGAGGUCAUCACUAGACUCCAGAACAAGAAAAAAAGUCCUCCCUUUCAUUUUACAAAGGAGAAAACUAGCCCAGAGAAGGAAGGGGACUUAAGUCAUACAGGUUGUAAACAGGCUGAGAUUAGAAUCUGGGGUUCUCUUCUGUUACAAAACUUGCUAUUUCAACAUGUCUUUUCUAGCUCUGAGAUUCUGUUUCCUGUUAUAUACCUGGCCCAUUCUUGGCCAAAUUGGUUCAAGUUAUAGAAAAACUGUCAUUAAGGAUUUGGUCCUUAUAAAUUGUAUAAUAUCAAGACAAAAGAUUCCCCAUUUAGAGAUUUUUUAAAAGUCAGAUUAUAUAGUAAACUCUUCAAGUUAAAUGAAAUUGGAUCUUUAGAGCCAACCGAAUUUCUUUAGAGUUGAGUUGAUCCCAUUAAGGAUUAGCUAGAAAUAAUUUUUUUGUGUCCUCACUAACUCCUAGGUAUCAUUCUGUUCAUUUCCCUCCUCCUCCCUCUCCCUGAGCUAAGGAAAUGUCUCACAACUCAAUAAAAUAACUGAUGGAGUCCAAGGUGAGGUUACUUGCAAUAACUGAGAGAAGAUUAAAGGACAAAGGGUUUAUCCAUCUUCCUUAGUUGGAAAUAUCACUCUCCAAAAGCAGUUUAUAUUUUCCCCUGUCCUCUCCGCUGACCAGGAGUGGGCUGGUUGGAUUGGGAUCUAGUGCUUCUGUCUCUCUCUUAUAAACUCUGGUUGGACUCAGUCAUGGGGUGUUUCUAAGAAACGGUGUCCGGGAAAACCAAAUACUAAUAAAUAUGAAUAAUAAUAUGAAUAAUAAUAACCACAAUGUGUUUUACACUGAGCGUUAUUGCGCUGCUUUUGUCUUUCUAUACUGUAGUUUUUAUAAAGAUGUCUUUUGGUUUUAAUAAAUGAGUGUGAUGUCAAUUACUCCCUCUAUUAAAAUUGGCUUUAAUGUUUCAA